CCACAGAAGCAUAUGCAGUAAGGUGAAUUAUUUCGGAGCAAAAGUUCGAUUGCUCUUCGUGGAAGAAAAGAAUUAUCAAAAUUAUUCCAUAAAUAGGCCAAAAAAUUGCCAAAAAUCAUACAGGGAAUCUGCUGAGUGUGUGAAGUAAUCGCCCGAGAAUGUCUUACAGCAACAAGUUCAUCUAUGCCACGCUGCCAAGAACCCAACGCGGGCAGCCAAUUGUUCUGGGUGGAGAUCCCAAGGGGAAGAAUUUUCUCUACACCAAUGGGAAUUCGGUGAUAAUCCGAAAUAUCGAGAAUCCUGCUAUCGCCGACAUCUAUACGGAACACUCGUGUGCUGUGAAUGUGGCAAAAUACUCCCCGAGCGGCUUCUACAUUGCUUCCGGAGAUCAAUCCGGAAAGAUUCGUAUUUGGGACACGGUGAAUAAGGAGCAUAUCCUUAAAAAUGAAUUUCAACCAAUUGGGGGCCCCAUUAAGGAUAUCUCAUGGUCUCCGGACAACCAGAGAAUUGUUAUUGUUGGCGAGGGUCGUGAGAGAUUUGGUCAUGUAUUCAUGGCGGAAACUGGUACGUCAGUGGGUGAGAUUAGUGGGCAGUCGAAGCCAAUCAAUUCGUGCGAUUUUCGUCCCAAUCGCCCCUUCCGAAUUGUCACGGGCAGUGAAGACAAUACCAUUGCUGUCUUCGAGGGACCACCCUUCAAAUUCAAAAUGACCAAGCAGGAACACACGCGCUUCGUCCAGGCUGUGCGAUACUCACCGAGCGGUAGUCACUUUGCCUCAGCGGGAUUCGAUGGAAAAGCUUUCCUGUACGAUGGUCAAUCAUCAGAUCUUGUGGCGGAAUUUGGAAGUCCCGCUCAUAAGGGUGGAGUCUAUGCGGUAGCGUGGAAAGGAGAUGGAAGUCAAUUGUUGACAUGCUCUGGCGAUAAGACAUGCCGCCUGUGGGAUGUGUCGACACAGCAGUUGAUCAGUGAAUUCCCAAUGGGUACAACUGUGGAUGAUCAGCAAGUGUCGUGCCUGUGGCAGGGUGAUCAUCUCCUAUCAGUUUCCCUCUCGGGCUUUAUUAACUACCUUGAUGUGAAUAACCCAGCAAAACCACUGAGAGUUGUCAAGGGGCACAACAAGCCCAUUACCGUUCUCACCCUAAGUGAGGAUCGUAGCACAAUCUACACCGGAAGUCAUGAUGGUGUCAUGACAAAUUGGAAUUCCGGAAAUGGUGUAAAUGAUCGCGUUGGUGGCACUGGGCAUGGAAAUCAAGUGAAUGGACUUAAAGCAAUGGGCGAAGAUAUCUACUCCUGUGGCAUUGAUGAUUCCCUGAGGCAGAUCAAUGUCGAGGGUAAUACGUACACCGAUGUCGUGGUGAAGCUCAAUUGUCAACCCCGUGGAUUGGAUGUGCUCAAAGAGCAGAAUAUCGUCAUUGUUCCAUGCGUAAAGGAGAUUACCGUUGUUCAGGAUAAUCGCAAAGUUUCCACGCUUCCAAUAAAGUACGAAUCAAGCUGCCUGUCCAUCAAUCCCGAAACCCUGGAGGUUGCCGUUGGGGGCGAUGACAGCAAGGUUCAUAUCUAUUCGCUGGUUGGAACGAAUCUGGAGCACAAAGUGGAUCUGGAUCAUCUCGGUCCCGUGACUGAUUGCGCUUAUUCGCCAGACAACAAAUACUUGGUGGCUUGCGACUCGAACCGGAAAGUCAUUCUCUAUGGUUUGCCAGAAUACAAACCACCGCAUAAUAAAGAAUGGGGCUUCCACAAUGCACGUGUCAAUUGUGUGUCGUGGUCACCGAACUCACUCCUCGUGGCGAGUGGUUCUCUCGACACAACAAUCAUCAUUUGGUCUGUGACCAAUCCAUCAAAGCAUACAAUUAUCAAGAAUGCCCAUCCACAGUCACAAAUUACACGCCUCGUGUGGCUAGACAAUGAAACUGUGAUCUCAACUGGUCAGGAUUGCAAUACAAAAGUCUGGCAAGUGGAGGCUAUUUAGACUGCAUCUUCACAAAAUAUAUCUCUUCAGUGUGCGGAAGCAAUAAGUGGAUGAAAGAGAUGAGCAAAUACUACGACAUAGAAAUUUAUAUAAAUAUAAUGAAGAAUGAAAACAUAAAGCAUAAAAUACCAAGUUAACAGCAGUCGGUAAUUCAUCAGUCAGUCAGCAAUUUAUCUUCUGUACAUUGAAGUCCUAUCACACUUAAGAAAAAAUCUUAUGAAUGUGAUAGUCCUUCAAAUCACCAAAGUUAGUUUUUUUUUUCUCAAGUAAUUGCCUAAAUCAGAGUGUGUAGCAUUUUUAAUGAGUUUUAUUUGAUUAAAACUAAUUAAUUAAAACAAAGCAAAAUAGUGUAACACUUCCUAUUAACUUGAUAUUUUUGAUAUGAAAGUUACAAUAUCUUAGAUGUAAAAAAAAAACAAUUGCAAAGCAUUUUUGUACGAAUGAAAAUUCAGCAACAUUUUUUCUAUAAUAUCUUAUAAGAAAUCAAGAGAGUUUUUAAAUUAUUUUGCUAAUUUCAUUGAUUGGCAUUAAAGUAUUAACAUGCUUUUUUACAUUGAAAAAAAAAGUUUGUAUAAAAGGAUUCAAGUUUAGGUCUAUUUAUCUUAAAAAUGAGAACAGAAGAGGCAUUAAAAAGGCAAUUUUUUGGCAGUUUUAAGGAGUUUCACAAGUUAAAUCAUUCUUCUUCUCAAUUCUACCGAGAAAAUUUGAAUCCUUUUUAUUCAAUUUUAUUGUAUUGUUUUAUCAGCAGUAUCAAAAUUAUAUAAAUUGUAUGAUUUCAAAUUUAAAAAGGAAGAAAAAAUAUAAAACAAUAUAUUUGUUGUGUGAAUGUAUACAAAAAAACAUGAAAAAUAUUUAUUUAAAAUUUCAAUAAAAAACAAAAAUAAUCACAA